ACCGGCUAUAUGUUUUUUUUAGCGCCGGAGGAUGAACCGAAGCCUUUGCGCGCCUUCUACGAAAACUCGAGAAAGAGCUGAAGCAAAAAAAGUAAGUGUCGAGUGAGGAGAGCUGGUCGAUCCCUCUUUUGUUUUUGGACUUGUUGGUCUGUUUGUAUGCUUUGGGACUCUUGUGAUACCUUCUUUUGGACUUUGGAUAUUCGGUUAAUUUUUGGAAGUAUAUACCUACGAUACGCUAUGAUACACUAUCUAAAAUCGAUACUUGUUGAUCUUGAACCUGCUCUUGCCAAUAAGGCCGUGCACAAUGUAUUUCAAUUGGUUCUGUCGUUUGGUCCCGACCUCUGUUACUCCCGUGUAUCGCCGGCUGGUACAGCAGUUGUGGUAGCGCACAUGUACACCAAAUUCGGGGGCUUCUCGGUAAGAGCGUCAGGAAUGCGACCCGUCCGAGCCGGGAAUGGCGUCUACUGGUACAUUCGGAACAACCAGGACGCCUUGACGCCAUCGGACGUCCAGUUACUGUUGAGGCUUCGCAAUUGCGCAACGUUACUGCGGGUUCAAUUCGUUGAGUUGAGGUGCGCUUGCCCCAGGAUGGCGUGGAAAACGCUUCGUGGAGGUCCAGAUGGGGUCCCAGUUCCGUCCUUCCCCGUGCGAGGAGUGUGCUACGGCCCCAGUUCCGUGCUUGAAUUGCCAUUUGGCAUUAGAAUGAACCCCCGUUCGACUCCGAUGGCGUAGCAUUCACGUACUCUAUUCCAGCGGGAGGCGCUGCACUGCGCGCAUGUUCCGGCGUUAAUGGUCUCUAAGGAAAAACUAUCAUCCG